AUGCCGAAAUACAAAGACGCUGGCACCCUCACAGAUGUGUGUACUGGGGACAAUGUGGCCGAAGUGGAACUCAUAAGUCUGGUACAAGAGCAGAUCCCUCGUUAUAUCCUACGAGCUGACAUUGUUACUGAAUUUUCUGGUUACGACAACGCUGACUGGGGUGUGAGCUUCCCUGCGCUGAAGGAGGAGGAAGCGGAGGCUCUGAGCCCUGAGCAGGCAGAGGGAGCCCUGGCCUACUUCGUGUUAUGCGGGAACCGUGUGAGCCAGAUGACCAAGACCUACAAUGAUAUUGAUGCUGUGACCAGACUUCUCCAGGAGAAAGAAAAAGACUUGGAGCUUGCUGCCAAGAUCGGACAGCAACUUCUUGAACGCAACAAAACCCUAGAGGAACGUAAUGCACUGCUUGAUGCAGAGUUGUCUUCAGCUAGUGACAAAAUUUCUCAACUUAAGCAUGAUCUGCAGAUGAAAACCGACCUGCUGCAGAUAUACACCAAUGGCGUGGAUGAUACAAGCAGUUGUGAAACAACUCCAACUGGCCUUCGUCUGAUCAAUGUUGACAUCUUACAACAUCGAGUGAAAAACUUGGAAGAUGAGAAUAGAAGCCUACGUCAGGAGGCCUCCCAGCUGGCCAAUGACACUAGUGAGUGUGAGGAUAAAGAGAAGGAGCUGGUCUCAGAUGUUAUUAAACAGAUUAGCGAUGCAAAUUUACAAAUCGGCCAGCUUAGUGAAGAACUUGCAAAGAAAGUGGAGGACUCCCUACGGCAGCAAGAAGAAAUCACGCAGCUCCUUGCCCAGGUGGUUGACCUUCAGUCCCGUAGCAAACGGUUAGCUAUGGAGAAUGAUGAACUGGCCAACAUGGUGGGAGUGGCCAGAGAUUGCCAACAAGAGCUAACAAUGGAGUUGGCUGAACUAAAGGAAAAGUAUGCAGAGGUGUUAGACCUAUUACACGAUACACAAGAUCAGCUGAGACGGGUUCAGAAGAAGAACUUGCCAGGAAAUCGUGGUCACCAUCUCGGCAGCAGUCUUUUCAGUUCUCCCUUCAACUCUGGGAAUGAUUCCAUCGCCAGUGAACUUCACUCCCUCAACUCUCGGGUAAAAUGGAAAAGUGGCAGCAGCAACAUGCGUCGCACAUUUGAUACCGUGCGUUUGACAGGCAAAUGUGCUGGCUCAGGAUCACAGGGUUCUCUCAGCUCCUUGGGAUAUGGAGGAUCAGUGCACUCCACGCCUACCCGCCAUCCUUAUACCCCGUCACAUAUGGCAACUCCUACAAACAUGGCAUCCAGUGGGGGCACCUAUGCUAUGUCUUAUAUGGGUUCCCAAGGCUCAUCUGUCUAUUCUGGGGGAUCAGGACAUCCAUCUUUGGAUUCUGGUGCAGAUUCUGAUGCUUCUAUGCACACAGAUUCAGAGGAUAACUACCCAGGAAGUCACUUAGGUGUCCCAGGCUGGCCAGGAACACCAGACCUGGACUCGUGCCUGCGUCGGCUUGGUCCAGGAAAUCGUUCUGGAACACCAUCGCAUUUCUUACCUUAUGAAUGCCGCACACCAGAUUCUAUCAUGUCUACUGAAUAUUUGCCUCAUACAGGAAGCGGCAAGUCAGGCUUAAGCACUUAUGGUGGCAUGAAUGCUAGUGACUGUCUUCAAUAAAGAUUCCCAUGUGUU